AUGUAUCCCUGUAUUGCUCAGCAAUCUAUUGAUGCUGCCACAACAUCAUCACCUGCUGAAACUACAACUCAAAAAAUAGAACCACUCACUACACAACCAGGCACAACGCCGCCAGGAACAACGCUGCCAGGCACAACGCCGUCAAGCACAACACCGCCAGCCACAACGCCGCCAGCCACAACGCCGCCAGCCACAACGCAACCAGCUACAAUGCUGCCAGCCACAACGCAGCCAGGCACAACGCAGCCAACUACAAUGCCGCCAGGCACAACGCCGGCAGGCACAACGCAGGCAGGUACAACCCAGGCAGGCACAACGCCGCCAGGCACAACGCAGGCAGGCACAACGCAGGCAGGCACAACGCCGCCAGGCACAACGCCGCCAGCCACAACGCCGCUAGCCACAAUGCAGCCAGCCACAACGCAGCCAGCCACAACGCAGCCAGCCACAACGCAUCCACCUACUAUGCAAGUGCCCUCAACACAAGAGCCCCCAUCACAACCAGCUACAACACCACCUACAACAGUACAUUCCCUUGAAAGAACGACGUUCCCAGCAGCCAUAAUUGUAGACCUGUCAGAAAAUGUAACUACACAGUUUACAACCAUAACCUCUGUAAACACCACUACAGCCACCACAGCAGGAACGACAAGCACAACCAACCAGCCUGAAACAACUACAACAACAACCACAACGAGUUCAACACAGCUACCCACAAGCUCAACGACAUCCGCCGCUCCCACCACCAUGGGCUAUACCUACGCGCCGUCGGACAUAAGUAUCAUCAGCAUCACCGGAGUCAACGCAAGCACCGUGCUCCCGGGGACGUCGCUCGCCUUCGCCGUCACCGUUGCAGUGCAGCCACUCGCCUCCGUCGACGUGCAGUCAGCAUCUUUCAUAUACUGCUCUUCCGCAAGAUUUAUUUGCUGUCACUCUCUUACAUUUUUGGUUGAACCUUUUGGUCUUUUCCUACCUCAGUUUGGAAGCCUCUUUACCUCAAAGAACUUCCUUAAGAAUUCCUUAAGACUCAAAAAUUUCUUGGGAUAUUUUUUGGAAUAUUCUCGAGACGAUACUGAUCUGGAAGUUCUUGGAACAGCUCCUUCCACCACUGCCACCCACUUCGCCUUAUCAGCAUUUGACGUUGACUUCGGGACUCUGCACCAGACUGGGAACAGCGACUUUCAGUAUAGGGAAUCGGCGAGUCUGCCUGAAGUUUACGACGGGCUGUACUGUGACUUGGGAGAACUCACCAACCCGAGCUUAGGAAUGGCGUCUUUGACCGUGGAGUUCGUCGCUGCCUUAGUGGAUUACAGCGGGGCUGCCACGGGCCACACUGUUUCCCUUUAUAUUGGUGGAGAUUAUGGCAACCACACAUACACCUUCAGUGAGGUUUUCGAUUACACAGUCAACUAUACUAAGAUCCCUCCUGCCUACAGCGUGACCAUAACCUGCAACCCGCUUGACCUGGAGGUUGAGUACUUCACCCUCUGCACAGCAACACUUUCCACGCCCGAUCAGUUCGCCUCGACAGUCUCUGCCACAGUAAGCAGUUCGAUGAAGCAGUGUUCAGCUUGA